AAAAUGGAUGAUGAUGAUGAUGACAUUCCCCAGCUUUCAUCCCAUACGCUGGCAGCCCUCCAGGAGUUCUAUUUGGAACAGCAGCAGAGAGAGGGCAUGAAGACCUCCCAAGGGUUUAAUCAAUAUUCCAUUGGCUCAAUAGAAGAAGACUGGCAAUUGAGCCAGUUUUGGUACAGCGAUGAAACUGCAUCAUGCCUGGCUAAUGAAGCAGUUGUGGCAGCUGGAAAAGGUGGCAGGAUAGCAUGUGUUAGUGCACCGAGUGUGUACCAGAAACUGAAAGAACAGGAUGGUAAAGAUUUUUCAGCAUGUAUACUGGAGUACGACAAAAGGUUUUCUGUAUAUGGAGAAGAAUUUAUCUUCUAUGAUUACAACCACCCUUUGAACUUACCUGAAAAUCUCCUGCCACACAGUUUUGACAUCGUAAUAGCAGAUCCACCCUAUCUGUCUGAGGAAUGUCUUCAAAAAACUGCAGAGACCAUCAAAUACUUAACAAAAGGAAAGAUUCUGCUUUGCACAGGUGCAAUCAUGGAGGAACAGGCAGCAAAGCAUCUUGGUGUGAAGAUAUGUAAGUUUAUUCCAAAACACUCACGAAAUUUAGCCAAUGAAUUUCGAUGUUACGUGAACUAUGCCUCUGGACUGGACUGAUUCUCAUAAGAAGAUCUACUAAUUUUUCAGUCAAGCUCCUUUCUGUUUUUUGUCAGUGACUCAGUGCUGAAAUACUCAGCUCCAAGUACUGUUUUCUGGGCUAGCUUUAAUCAACAUGAUGUGAUAGCCUCUCUUUUAAAUGUGUAAGCAUUUGCAGUUAACUGUGUUUUGUAUCUUACCUGUUAGGUAAAUGGGGACCAAACAAUGCAGGUGCUGGAUAAUGGGAACUUCUCUGUUAGAGUUUCAUUCUAACUGGUAGUUUUUACCAUUCAAGGACUCUUCAGUGACCUCUCUGAAGUGAUUUUAGCUGGUUGGCUUAUAACAACACAUAGGUGCUUGCCUCACAGAUAUCAGAAUUGUCAUUGCAUCAGCCGAUGACUUGGCAGCUAGUGGAUGGUUGAAAGAGCAUGAAUAGUGGUCUCCUUUCAAUCUUGAGAGAUGCUCCCUUAAUAAAAGGAUUGAGGGAUGUUUGUUCUGAACAUGUCAUGUUUUCAGAUUCAUUAUCCAGCAGACUGAUGUUUUUAUAAAGGAUAACUAGAAGAGAAAAUAGGUCUCCUUCUGGGGAGGCCUCUCCAGUUGCUUUUAAUAAUAAUCAGAACUACCUGCCAGUUGCCAAGUAAGAUAAGACCUACUAUCCACUAUUGUUGCCAGACUGGCUUUUUAAAAACUUGUGGUUAUUAUUUCACCUUUUCUCUAAAGCCUUGUCACAAACCCAG